UCCGUUGCGCCGGGGUCUCAAUCCAUCAGGCAUUAUGGGAUAAGGGCGGAAUUGUAGCGGUUUCCGGAUUCCCUGGAUUGGCCUGCUGGAAGAAAGAAAACAAGGGAGGUGGAAAAAACUCCAGGUUUUUGUGUUUCACGCGUUUAUAACAGUUAUCAGGCAGUAACGUCAUGUCGCAGUCUGGAGAAAAAGGAAAGUUUCCUGAUGCUGCAGGAUAUGUGGGAUUUGCCAACCUGCCCAAUCAGGUGCACAGGAAGUCUGUGAAGAAGGGCUUUGAGUUUACACUGAUGGUUGUAGGAGAGUCUGGUCUUGGUAAAUCAACCCUCAUCAACAGCCUCUUCCUGACUGACCUCUACCCAGAGCGCUAUAUACCUGGAGCGGCAGAGAAGAUUGAGCGCACGGUUCAGAUUGAAGCAUCCACGGUGGAAAUCGAGGAGAGGGGAGUGAAGCUCCGCCUCACCGUAGUGGACACGCCUGGAUAUGGAGACGCCAUCAACAGCCAGGACUGCUUUAAGACGAUCAUCCAGUAUAUCGAUAAUCAGUUUGAGCGAUACCUGCACGACGAGAGCGGACUGAACCGCAGACACAUCGUUGACAACAGAGUACACUGCUGCUUUUACUUCAUCUCUCCGUUUGGACACGGCCUGAAGCCUCUAGAUGUGGAGUUUAUGAAGGCGAUCCACAGCAAAGUCAACAUCGUCCCUGUGAUCGCCAAAGCCGACACGCUCACGCUGAGAGAGAGAGACCGUCUCAAGAGAAGGAUUUUGGAUGAGAUCAGUGAGCAGGGGAUCCGAAUCUACCAGCUUCCAGAUGCUGAUUCGGACGAAGACGAAGAAUUCAAGGAACAGACACGUGUCCUAAAGGCCAGCAUCCCGUUUGCCGUCAUCGGCUCCAACCAGCUGAUAGAGGUGAAGGGGAAGAAGAUCCGUGGACGCUUGUACCCGUGGGGGGUGGUGGAGGUGGAAAACCCCGAGCACAAUGAUUUCCUCAAACUGCGCACUAUGCUGGUAACUCACAUGCAGGACCUGCAGGAGGUCACUCAAGAUCUCCACUAUGAGAACUUCCGUUCAGAGAGACUAAAGCGAGCUGGCAGCAGGGCGGUUGAGGAAGAAGUGAUGGACAAAGACCAGAUCCUCAUGGAGAAGGAAGCUGAGCUGAGACGCAUGCAGCAGAUGAUCGCUCAGAUGCAAGCUCAGAUGAAGAUGAAACCGGGAGAUGACUAAGAGUGUGUGUGUGUGUGUGUAUGUGUUUGUGUGUGUGUGUGUGUGUGUGUGUGUGUGUGUGUGUGUGUCUGUUUGUAUGUUGUGGGAACAGGAAGUGCCAUCUGACUGGAGGUUACAUUUAUCCUACCCAUUUCUAAACACUAUUUGCCUGUCUUAUCCCUCAUCAGGUUGAUGGUACGUAAUGUUAAUGAUGCCUAAUUCAUGUAACCAAUCACUAUCGCAGCUCCGCCCAUAUGAACAACCUCGACACUGAAACAAACAGUCCAUUAUUAUGUCUUUAAAUCAAGUCUCUGUCCAAUCAGGUUAGACGCUGUUAAUAAUUUAUACCAUGGUUUUACAGACAAUGUUCAGCAUAUGUUCAUAUGUAGACUGAUCAGGGUUUGUGGCUAGCUGUAUUUAGACCCUGGAGGCUGGAUGUUUUUCUGUGCCAAACACUCUUUUUAAGUUGCUUGGCUUGUACCAGUCAUGUUUUUUUAUGCAUAUGUUUAACAGAUAACCUCACCAGUACUUUAUAAUGCAUAUACAGUGCUUAAAUGGGAUAACAUAAGAGGAUAUUGUACUUGUAUGCACCUGGUCAAGUUUACAGUUUUAUCUAAUGUACUGGUUCAUAAUAGUGAUGCAUUCACAGACAUAAAUUAAUAUCAGAGUUUAUUUGAAAAUGUUUGUGUUCAAAAAAAAAAAGCACGUAAAAGUACGUUCUUUGUGGAGAAACACAGACUGAGAUGUAAGUAGCACAUAUAGAAUUACAUCACUAACAAAGAAAAUAAUCUUUCUUUUAAAUUCAUUUGAGUCUUUAUGGCGUCGAUUCAAGCUGUGCAUUGGGUAGGGUUUCCCUCUAGUGGACACUACAGGAACAAUAGAAAGCACAUAAAAGCUACAUUUGCCAGAUUGGAUCAUGAAAAAACUUAAGACUACAAUUGGACAAUCUCUUGACAUCAUGUUUGCAUUUUGUCAAAUCUGAUCAUUAUCUUUUUGAAAGGAAAAAUUGCUUAAUAAAGUGUCUCAGCAAAUGUUUAUGAGAGUUCACCUUUCAUAUUUAGAGAGUAUGAAUAUAGUAAUGGUACUAAAAUGACGAUAAAGUUCAGUUUAUCGUGGACGCACUGGGUCAGCUGUAUUUUGAUUCACAGAAAUGCCUUAAAACUCCAUUUAGAUGCACAUUUGUAGGCUUUCUCUUCUUUUAUACUUAUAUUCUCAUGGUUUGGGGUUUUCUACUGUUUUCUAUCAGUUUUAUUGCUUGAUUUUCACUUAAACAAUAACAUCUACUGCAGUGGUCUUCAUAUUUCUUGUUUACCAGCGGGUACGUUUUACUGUAUGUUUUAAAAGCUCAUCUUAACAGUCUAAGAAAUGGACUGAAACGCUCCAUGCACAUCGAUGUCCAAGUCAUUUUGCAGCAUUAUAGUGAGUUCUCUGCUAAUUAUUGAUGUCUGCUGUAAACACACUGAUUUUGUUUUGUUGUCUAUGUGGUUCAGCCCAGUUAUUUUGACUUGCUUAUCUCCUGUUUAGGCCUUUUUAAAGGAUUAACACAGUCGUGCGGUACAGUAACGCUUACUUCCCUGUUUUACAUCUUCCUUUUUGUACUUGUUCAUGUUGAGAAAUAAAUAACUUUCUGAGUCA